UUGAGAUGUAUCAGAUUGAGUUUCUUUUUUCAAGUCUUGAUAUUUUGUUCUCCGUUUUGAUUAUUCGAAUUAAAAUUAUGAUGAUGAUGAAUAACGAUAAUGAUCAUGAUCAUGAUGAUGGUGUUAAUCAAAAGCCAAUACAAUUUGAUUUUAUAAAUAUUGCCGAACUUGGUGAAUUAUUGUCCCAUCCGAAUCAAUGGUCUGGUAUUAUAUUGACUAGUAAACGUUGUAUCGAUGCUUUGAUGAUGUCUAUUGAACCAUCCAACAACAGACAUUUAUUGAAAGUGGUGCAAUUUUUCACUGUUGGAACAGCAACACGUACAUAUCUUUUGGAUAAAUUAUCAAUCGAUUCAAAAGGUUAUCAUGCAGGAAAUUCCGAAGAUUUAGCCAGAUUUAUUGUUGAACAAUACAAAACAAACGACAGCAACGAUCAUCGACCAUUAUUAUAUCCAUGUAGCCGAAUCAGAACCGAUCCAUUGAUGAAAAUAUUGAACGAAAACAAUAUUUCAGUACAUGAAAUUCAUUGCUACAAUACAUUGGCCAACCAAAAUCUUGAUGAUGAUUUUCGUAAAUUUAAAACAUUUCUUUCAACAUUAAUCACGUCGGAAAUGCAAAUUGAAAUUCCGAUCGUAUUUUUUAGUCCAUCCGGUGUAGAUAAUCUUUAUGAUCAUAUUCAACGUUAUCUUCACGAUAAUGAAUCCUCUAUUUUACUACGAUACAUAGCAUUUGGUCGGCAAACAGCACAACGAAUUGAAUCGAAAAACAUGAAUGUUUGGUUUACAGUUUCCACACCGAAUGCACAAUCAUUAGCUGAUGAUUUAUAUCGAAAAAUUUUCGACAAAUAAUUGAUGUUUUUCCAUUUUUUUUUUUUCUGUCUUUUCUCC